AUGGACAAUUUCAAUAGAGAUGUGCUACUUGUAAAUGACAUGGACGAGGUGAUUGGCAUCGGAAAAGCUCUGAAAACCCACUUCAGAGAGCACCUAGCGCUCCACCGCGCAUUCAGCGUGUUUUUAUUCAAUUCAAGGGGCGAGCUCCUGAUUCAAAGAAGAGCAUCUAGAAAGCUUCUCUUUCCAAGCAGAUGGACAAACAGUGUCUGCUCUCAUCCCUUUGCCUGUGAUCUUUCCUUUACAGAUCCGCUACUGGAUGUGAAGAUGCAUGCAAUCAAGCGCGUUGAUUAUGAGCUGGGAAUAAAAGACGUAUGCAUAGACGACCUAAGAUUUGUCUCUCGCAUUGUAUACAAAGCAGCACCGAACGAAAAAUAUGGAAGGAUUCUACCCGGGAAUCCAACUCCACAGGAUGUUUCUAGGUUCCCGGAUCCUAAGAAUCUUGAUGAACCUUACUCUUCCAGUGACUUUCACGAGUGGGAGAUCGACUACAUUGUUCUCGGGGUAUCUGAUACUCCGCCAAGCCCAAAUCCUGAUGAAGUUUCAGAGACAAGAUAUGUCAGCAAGGAAGAAUUCCAGGAGCUGGUUGCCCAUGACUCAGUAUCCCCCUGGCUAAACGAAAUAUCGAAGUUGAUUGAUGUAUUUGAUAUUAAGAAACUAUAUUUUCCGCCACAUCCUCGAGAAAAUCCCUGA